UAUUUUUAAAGAAUAAUUUAAUAUUCUGGAAAGGUAAUGAUUGACCUUGUGCAGGAGUUGAUAUAAAAUGCCUGUUGUUGAUUUAUUUCAUCAGUGCCUAAGAAACAAGAUGGAAGCCCUUCUCGUCCUUCUGCUUGUGGUUGGUGCCCAUGCCUGUGGAAAUCCCAGCUACCCGCCUUAUAUGACAAGGGUUGUAAAUGGAAUUGAUGCAAGACCUUACAGCUGGCCCUGGCAGAUCUCCUUGGAAGUGGACCGUGGAUCAUAUUAUUCUCACACUUGUGGAGGAAGCCUGAUUGACAGGAACUGGGUUGUGACAGCAGGGCACUGCAUCCAGUCAGGCCGGUCCUAUCGUGCGGUGCUGGGGGAAUAUGACAGGGAUGUGCAUGAAGGUUCAGAAGAGACUAUAAAUGCUGCUAAGAUUUUCGUUCACCCACAGUGGAACGCUAGUUGCCUGGCAUGUGGGAAUGACAUUGCUUUGAUCAAACUUUCCAAACCUGCAACUUUAAGUGACAAAGUGAAGCCUGCCUGUGUUCCUCCAGCUGGUGAUAUCUUUGAAAAUAAUUAUCCCUGCUACGUGACUGGCUGGGGCAGGUUGUACACUGGUGGGCCACUCGCCUCAAAGCUACAACAGGCUUUUCUGCCAAUCGUUGACCAUCAGACCUGCCAGCAAAACGAUUGGUGGGGUAGCAAUGUGAGGUCGAACAUGGUUUGUGCUGGAGGUGAUGAGAAAUCUGGAUGUAACGGGGACUCAGGUGGUCCUUUGAACUGCCAAGGUGCUGAUGGGUCGUGGUAUGCUUAUGGCGUAGUCAGCUUUGGAUCAGCUUGGGGCUGCAACACUUUGAAGAAACCGACAGUCUUCACCCGAGUGUCAGCUUUUAAUUCUUGGAUAGAUUUGACAAUGGCCAAUAACUGAAAGGUGAGACUACAGCAUUUCAAUAUAUCUUCAGGGUUAACCCAAGAACUGAAUAAGCUUAAUAAUAAAAAGA